AUGGUUUGGAAAGAGAGAGGGAAAUAUGGUGUCAAAACGGGACGAACUGUUCGCCAUCCUUUUUCUCGUUUUCGUGGCCACGAACCGGAAGUUUUACUCAAGUUUACGAGAGGAACAGAGAACAUGUCCGACAAUGAAAUGCAACAGUUCCUUGAGGAAAACGAGAUAGAGGAUGGCCUUGGUGAUUUUACUCUCUCGUCCACUCGGCAUCUGCGUGCUGAAAGCGGAGUACAUAUGUCUAGCGUUGUGUACUCCUUAAAAAAGCGAAAACGAUGGCUGUUAUCUCAACAGUCAGAUGAAGCUAGUGGACAAGACACAACUGAUGCUUCGUUUAGGCCCAGUGUUGCUAUUAUACGUCGACGGAUGCGACAAAAGGUCGACGCAGAUUGCAUCUCUGUCCACAAAGUCAGAGAAAACGAAGUGUAUACUCCUCAAAAACGCAAAUACACUCGUGUGCAAGAUUUAAUGAAGAAGAGUGACUCAACCGAGUUGGAACCUGAAAUUGGUUAUGAGCUGUCCUACUGGUAUCCUAGCAACGAAUACCCUGAAUGUAGCGAAGGAUUCCCGACAAAUUAUCGUUGGUCUUUUCAGUAUUCUCUCAGAAAUCCACGCAAAUCACGAUGCAAGAACAAGGGCGUAAAAAACAAGGGUUGCCGGUGGGGUCUUUGUUCUGACAGAGAGCUCAGGAAUGAAGAAGUUUGUAAAGGUGAACGCUGUCAGACAUACUCAUCACAUAAAGCCUCUGAGAGUAAAAUUAGUGUAAUGGAUGCAGAGUGGUUUAGUGGCUGGAAGACCCCCAGAGAGACAUUCUCUGGGAGUAGUAAUGGGUUUGAUAUUGGUUCUUACAUCAGUGAACUUUCUAGACAGCCAUUAAAGAAAAAACAACAGAAGGCAAAACCAAGACAUAGUGAAGAUGAAUCCGUGACUAAGAGUUUUAGGUAUGGGAAGAAGAGUGUUGUUUUCAUUGAUCCUGAGCCAAGCAUGAACACAUCCCAGAAUCCAACCACUGUCCCUCUAAUGAUUCCUCCAUCAGAGAAGAAGCUGGCAGCUCCUUUGCAAGUAUUGGUUUGUGACUUGGAGCCUGGGAAGCUCAUCAUGGACUGGAAAGACUUGUAUUUGGAAGGAGGCAGCUUGCCUAGGAAGUUCACAAUUGACCUAAUUCCUCUUCUUUCUCCUAGUGGUAGCUUUACCAAUGAAUCCUGCUGUGUAUUGUUUGAAGUGACCAGCCAGCUGAACUGUGAAAUGAACUGUGCUACAGCAGAUGUUAGUUUGCAUGCCACAAAUACUCCGGACCUCUCUGGUGAUCUUUGCAAUGCAAUCACUAACUUCUUCAUGGAAUUGGAAAGUGAGAAGAAAGACUUUUGGAGAGUGUGCGAUGUAGUUAAUUGUGCAGCUCGUUGCUUGCAAUAUUGUUACCGGUCUUUGCCAUCUUCUAUGCAAGACUCCCACAACCACGCAAAAACACGGAAUUCUACCAAUGUGCUUGGUUCCAUGUUUGGAUGGAAAUCAGAGAUAUUCUCGCAAAGAGAAAUAAAAUCUGAACUAAGAGCAAAAAUCAAGAAAAGAGAUCUGCUCAGCAUGAGUGUUCUGAUGGGCCAUGGAACAGAUGAUGCUGGAACUGCAGAACCACUAGACAACUUUUGUGGUAUAUGCUACUUGGAAUUGGGUAAGGUUUUUCAAGUAUUAAAAUUUAAGUCAAUAUAUAAAAAUGACAAGUUCCUUGCAGCUCUACAGGCUUUUGCUUAAAAGUUAUAAUGCUUACCUGGUUCCUUUUUCCCAACUAGUCCUAUAUCCAGGCUUAAUUUUUAAUGUACACAUUACAUGUGUAUUUCUUAAACAAACUGUAUAUACACUGAUAUAAACUAAUCUGGUUCAAGUGAACUCUAAAACUGAAAUUACCUGGUCAUGUACUGGUCUAUAUGCAAAUUAAAAUGAUUUAACCCUUAAAACCAAAAGAGUGACCAGCAUCUAAUUUCUCCUUAGUCAGCAAUACUGCUGAAUCAUUCAUUUAGAUCAUGGCAAUAAAGAAAAUGAUGGCCAACCUAAGAAACUUUGAUUAUUAAAUUAAUUCUCUUUGUCAGUACCAAAGGAGAUGUGUAGAGAUUAGUAUAGGGAAUACAGAUACUGAUGUGUGGGUGUUAAGGGUUAAGGAGGUUUAAAAGUUGGAAAGGCUUACAUUCUAUAUCAUUCUUAUUUUGUACUGAAAUGUUUGAUACAAAUGUAUGUUUUGAUUCAAAUUUCAACAAAUUUCAAAACAGUUUUUAGGUUUUUAUCGUCCCUUCCCUUAUACUUUAUAAUCACGUUCAAAAUAUAAAUAAAAGAAAAUUAAAAACUGAUGUGAAAAAUAUUAUAACUCUCUUACUUCCAGUGGUGAUAAACAUGUAGCUUCUCAUCACAAUAUCCAUUAACAUUUCCUAGAAAACAGUUUGUGAGAAUACACAAAUAUAUCAGGUAGAAGUUGUUAUCUUGAUCUAAAUUGCUAAGUUCUCAUAACUUAUUUCCAUGCAAAUGUGUAGCAGCUAGAGGAGAAUUAACAAUCAGAUCUUGGGACUUUAAGAGCUAAAGCAAAGGAGAAUAAUUGACUUUACAUAACAUAAACUGUGUUUUGUAUGCACCAUUUUUCUCCAUCACUAUCUGCUGUUCACAAUACAGUGGUGUGGUUACUGCCAUUAAUACAAUUUCAUUUUAUUCUUAUGAGUAAUACACAAAAAUUUUCAAUGUUGUGCAAAAAUUAUGUACUGUAAUCCUCAUGAUUAUGUUGUUUGUAAGUAUAUCAAAUUUAUAUUUAAUAGUUAAACAAAUUUUGUUUCCCCACAGAGAGUGAACUUUUGACUCCCUUUACUGCUCUAAAACACUGCCAACAUACCUUCUGCAAUCAAUGCUGGGAAGUCCACCUGAAGACGCAGAUCAGCUUGGGGAACACAGACCUGCAGUGUCCUGGACAUAAGUGCGAUGUCUGCGUUGACAAGGCCACUAUUAUAGCUUUAGUGCCUACCUGGUAUGACAAGUUCCUGUCGCAGAAAAUCAACAAAGUCAUAGAAUCCAGUUCAGAAUUGAGGUGGUGUCCCUCCAGCAAGUGUGUGAAAAUUUUUAAGGUCUCCAAGUCUGGUGCCAUGGCCAAUAGAAGCAGCCCAGUCUCUGUAGCUUGUUCUUGUGGAGGGCUAUGGUGUUUCCAGUGUGGUAGAAAUGCACAUUGGCCAGCUUCAUGCGCAGGUGAAGUGAAAUUCCAGGAACUCACCAAACAUAUUCAUGCAGAAAUCGAGCAGAAGAAAGAGGAUCUCAUAACUUCAGUCAUGGUGCAAAAUUGUCCAAACUGCUACUAUCCAAUAGAAAAACACCUUGGCUGUAGUUUUAUGUACUGUAUCAUGUGUCAGACAGCUUUCUGCUGGGAGUGUCUAACCCCCAUGAGCAAACAUCAGGAAGAAUGCAAGCAAAAGGUGAAGUCAAAGGAAGUGGAGUUGGACCUUAUCAGCUCAAGCAGUACUCAUUUUGCAGAAUACUUUUCAAUAUAUCUCAAAAACAAGAUGGCACGAUCAAGCAAAGCUAUGUCACAUCAAAGAAAGCGACUGCGAAAUGUUGACAAGAUUGUAAAAUCCUAUGAGAGUCUGAACAGCUCACCUAUCUUCGCAUUUGGUGAAAUUGUGGAAAAGAUUCUGCAAAUUUGUGGUUGCAAAAAUGUACUAAGGAGUGCAACUGAAUUCAAGUUUUACUCCCACUUGACACUCGAAGGUGCAGCAAAGAUGGCCAUUUUCUCAAAGUCCACAUCUAAAGAUGUAAAGCAACACAUGAGCCGUUUGCAAUUUAUCAUGGAAAGAAUUGACGAAAUCUUAAAGAGUGACUUGACAGAGCUAUUACAGAACAAGCAUUUGAGAAAACUGUCAAGAUUACUACAACAUGGAAAUGAAUGUGUCUAUGCAAUUGUGCAGUUUCUCUCUGAUAGGCAAGAAAAACACAGGCCUUGA